CUCUUGUAAUUGUCUCGAUCUUUCACUCUCAUUUCUAUCUCCCACCGUAGAAAUUUAAAGUAAUAAAAAUUAUUUAUAUAUAGAUAUAUCAUCUUCUUAAAUAUACCUAUAUAUAUACAUCACAUUAAUACAUUAUUACAAAUUUAAAUUUUACAAAGGAGUCGAGAAGAAGAAGAAGAAGCAUAUGAGAAAGCGUCAAGUGGUGUUGAGGAGAGCCUCGCCGGAGGAACCUUCUAGAAGCUCGUCGACGGCUUCGUCUCUGACGGUGAGAGGUGUGAGAUACGGCGAGUGUCAGAAGAACCAUGCCGCGGCGGUCGGCGGAUACGCCGUCGAUGGCUGCCGUGAGUUCAUGGCAAGCAACGGAGAGGAAGGUUCGGUGGCAGCGCUAACGUGCGCCGCCUGUGGCUGCCACCGCAGUUUCCAUCGUAGAGAAAUCGAAACCGAGGUUGUUUGCGACUGUAAUUCACCUCCUUCGACUGGAAACUAGACCAGUAAAAACUAGACCUAGUGUCAAGGGUUUGUGUCUCGUUGAGAAGUAAAGCAGAAAAUUUCAGAGAUGUAUAGAUUGGAGGUUGUGGAAGAUCUAUAAUAACUGGAUGCUUUAAGCAUGUCUCAGAAAAGAUCUAUGAAAUAUGAAGCUUAUAAGUUUCAAGAAAAAAGAAGAUUAUUGUUGUUUUUAUGUAAUGUUUUAUAAAGUUUGAUUUUCUGUUUCUGGUCAAAUUAAUGUAUUUUGAUUAUGUGGUCGAAGCAUAUAUCGUUUCAAAUCAAUUUCACUUUAAGACAAACUACUAAGUGUAUUGUGAAAUAAAUUUGUAACAAAUUUAAUCUUGUAUUCUUAGAACAUUUAUAUAUGGGUAUUUCUUGAUGAA